AGGUUCGUUUGCUUGAAAAUACGUCAUUCUAACAUCGCUCUAGCAUCUAGUUAUGCCUGGUUAAUGCAGUCCUGUGGAAUUGUGGUCACAUGACAACUUCACACAUGGGUUUCUCUUCAGACAGUGCCUGAGUAUACAGUGCUCUACUGAUCUUAGAUGAGCACUGUACCACUGAGUAAAUGCACAGGACUCACUGAGGUGUGUAAGCCAUACACAGUCCUGUGAACACUUCAAAUAUAUGUGUUUGCCCAUAACAAACAUCUCUGUCUGUGAUGUCUGCUCAAUUACUAAAUCAACUAUAUGGACCAAAUGCAGAUCAAGUUAAGGAGGCAGCAAGAAGUUUGAUGCAGUUUUUGCAGAGAGCCCUGCAGAUUUCCAGGGCGCACACUGUAGACUUUUAUACUCAGGAUGUUUGGAAAAAGCUAGUGGAUUUAUCCCCAGAUGCAGUGCUUUCAUUUGUUAGUCAAUCACACGGCAAAUCAUAUUGUGAAGAGAGGGGUGUUCCGGACAUGUCAACUAUUUUUUGUCCAACUACACACAAACUGAUCAGCAUAGCAUCUUUUGUAGAAGCAGCUCAAUACUAUUCUCUUAUGAAUUUAGGACUGUGCACUCCAAUAGAAAAAAUCUUAGAUGCAUUGAAAAGUCAAAAUCUAGUACAUAUUGAUCAUAAAAUGAAGACAGGCGAGUUUAUGAAUGGUAAAAAGUCACAUGAAGUUGUGAUCAUGUCCCAAUUAGUUGAGUGCAUUGCUAAUGCAUGUGAAGUAAAACAGGUGAUAGAUUUGGGUGCUGGAAAAGGUUAUUUAAGUUCAUAUUUAUCCAUGAGAUAUGACCUUAAAGUGUAUGGGAUUGACUCUUCUCAUACCAAUACAGACGGAGCCAACAAGAGAAACCAGAAAUUGAAAAAAUAUUGGAGAGCCUAUAAAAAUCAUGCCAAGCCAACUUCAAAAGCACAGGAAUCUGACCAAAAGAAGAGAUUGCUGCCAAACUACAUGUGUCUUGAAGAAAAUACUGAUAUAGAUAUUUUAAGGAGCAAAAGUAAAGUUCUCAGCUUUGAUCAAUUAUCCAUUUCUGGCUCCACUGUUUCAGAAAAACCAAAUGAUGUUACCGAGUCAAUUAGAUGGGAACAACAUGUGGAAAGUUAUAAUCCAUCACAUGAUACAGAUAAAGAUGGAUAUUCUGAAAAUGCUCUCACAUUUUUGGACUUUUUGCCUACGGGUGCUGUUGAAGAGUCCCCUGUGUUAGACAGUGUUUGCAAAGAUCUCAGUCAACAAGAAAAAGAGCAGAGGAAAAUAGAAAAUAUGAAGGCCAAAAAGCUUACUAACAAACAUGUUUAUUCACCUGUUACAUCCUUCGUGACUGCAGAAACUGAACUACAUGACAUCAUUACAGAUUUGGAGAAAAGACAGUGGGAGCAUGGGGGUUUCCAAUGAGUCAGUAUUUGAGAAAAAACUGCUGGAGCAUUGGACGAAAUGCCAGAAUGUCAGCUUGUUUGGCAAUGGAGCGUGUUGCGGUCGGCCAAGGGGUUCCUUCAGAGUCGUUAUUCUAUCGAGCGGUUCUUCAGGUCAUAUGCAAAGACUGCUACGGCAUUGUUGAAAGUGACAAGCGAGUUGGAAAGAUUUUUACCAAGUCAUCAAGCUUUACUGAUUACGUCAGAUGGUCUCUAAGAAAACUUGGACAAGAUGAUUCAAAGCUUUCAGAUACCCAAAUAGUGGAAUACUAUGAGAAAUAUAAGUCAAGAAACAAUGAGCUGGAAGCAUUUAAUAUGCUGAAAGUUAUGCUAGCUCCAUGUAUUGAAGCCUUGAUUCUUCUCGAUCGUCUAUGUUAUCUGCAUGAACAGGAGAACAUAGCAUGGACAGGAUUGGUGAAGUUAUUUGAUCCAGUGAAAUCCCCUCGAUGUUAUGCAGUUGUUUCUCUGAAAAGACUUUAGAUAGUUUUAUGGUAGGACAUAGGAGACAGUCAAUAGUAAUUAAAGACGCCCUAAAGUAUCUUGUGACUGUUUUUUCAGUAUUUUAUAGCAUGGUUGCACAACCUUUAUAAAUAAAUUGCCACCUUGUAUUUUAUUUUAUUUAACAAA